UCGCACGAAUCGUGGACUCGACCUCGCAAUGAACUCGUCACUUCCAGUUGUGACGAGAUUUGUAUGGCGUGCGAAGUUGCAAUCAAUUUCAACCAAUCACAAUGGACUUUGGCGAAACAUAUUUCAACUUGAAAAUGGCUGGAACAGCGUCGCCACUGCCUGCUGCUGCUGCGCCUGAAGAUCCCGCGGCGGUGUCAUGUGGGAGCAAGCGAAGCAUCGAGGAAGUGGCUGACAGUCUGCUUCGCAGCAGUCUGGAGGACCUGGUGGCCAGGAGCUACGUCCCACUCGCAGUUCGUGCCAUCUAGCUGUUCCUCGAUUAGUGUUUUAUUUUUUUAUUUUGCUAGUGGUAUGGUUUUUUACAGGAUAUUCGCGAUGCGUUGAUGGACCAUUUGCUGGGUAGUAUCCAGACGGAUCUGAAGCACACAGUGCUCUUCGUGUGCGAAGAAGUGGUCGAUUUUCGACCACAGCAACAAGAAGCGCCCUUAGAGGAUGCUGCGAAUGGUAUCGCAGUUGCGGAGGAAUUGCCAUUGCUGAAAGGGUUAGAAGGCGAUUAUCAGUUUCGCAGUCGGUUGUCUGAAGGUGAUAGUAUUCCUCGAUGCGACGCCACGCUUCUUAAGAUUCCCGUGUCCAAGCACGACAUUGAAAAAGAGAAACACGCGGCCAAGAAGGCAAUCAAGAAGAAGAUCAAAAAGUUCAAAAAGAGCUCCGGCGAGACGUCCAAACCAAGCGCUGAGUUCUACGUCCUGUCACCGGAGGAGCUGAAGAUGCAUCUGCCAUCAAUUCCGUUCGAAGACACAAAGGCAGCAGCUGAGUUUAUCUCUACAAAACCUUUGCCGGACGGUGAGACGCGAUCAGCCGAGCAGCUCUUGCUUGCGAUUGACUGCGAGAUGUGUCGAACCACAAAAGGCGUCGAGCUCACUCGCGUCACGUUGGUAGAUGCUAGCGAGAAGGUGCUUCUGGACGAGUAUGUCCGUCCAAAGAAUCCCAUCGUGGAUUACUGUACACAAUACUCCGGCAUCACAUGUGAGAUCAUGGAGGCCACGACCAUGCGGUUAGCAGACAUCCAAGAGAAAUUCCUGGCUCUUGUGCCUGCAGAAACGAUUCUGGUGGGUCACUCAAUCGAGAAUGAUCUACAAGCGCUUCGAAUGCUGCACCGUCGCGUGAUCGAUACUGUAUGCAUGUAUCCGCACCCUAAAGGGCCUCCGUUCCGCAGUGCGUUGCGCUUUUUGGCGAGUCAAUACCUCAAUCGUGCCAUCCAGACUGGCACAGACGGUCAUUGCAGUGUGGAAGACGCAAUAGCUACAUUGCAGCUGGCGCAACUUAAGAUCAAACACGGGCCUACGUUUCCGAGCAUCGAGCACGAGUACAAGCAGAAGAAAGUGGUUAACGAGAUGGCUCGAGCCAAGAAAUCGGUCCUAAUUGUUGACUCACAGCGUGCCUGCCGGUCGCUCAGUGGCGGUGUGGCCUGUAUCAUUCCGCAUGAAGAUCCUAGCGAGGUGGUGCAGACAGUCGUGCAUCAACUGACGACAGGAUUUCCGCCGCAUCUUACCUGGGCUCGAGUUCGUGGGGUGAAGCGGUCAGAGAUUGUGGCGUAUAUGCAGAAGAUCAAGAGCAACUUGCCUGAGCACUCGUGCCUCGUAACGGUGCUGAGCGGGGAUACCAAUGAGCUGCGUGCGCUCCAUAAACGCCGCACGGCGCGCACUGAUCCUCGCAGUUCGCUCAUGUGGGACAAGAAGCAGCAAGAAGAGCUGAAUGCAACGGCCUUGGCAGCCCAAACAGGGGUUGUACAUAUCUGCUUGCAGUAACGAAUCAGAGUUUGGUUUUUUUGCUGUUGUUGAAGCAGAGUGGUGGUCGUUGAAGUGAGACGAGAGUGUUUGUAGAUUCUUGUAGAUUCUUGCGGAUGAAUUAAAUCAAGAGUACAUUUAUUGUGAGAGAAAAAACAGCUUAAUCAAAGCAUUUAAGAGAACCCGUCGAGAUAUCAAUUUGAACAUUCUAUAUCUUUUGAGAUGUUGAUUAGACGUG